CUGUAAUACUGAUAUAUAAAAAUCCUAACGACUAUAUAGGAUUUUCGCUUGGUGCACAUGAACGUAAAAGGAAUGAAACUUCGCAAAUAAGUCACAAGCAGACGGAAGAAGCUGUUCGAUAGGGUAAUUUUUACCCCCGCGGGCCCCGCGCCUCGAGAUCUAUUUGCUCUGUCUGCCCUUGUCAGUGAACUCAAUUAGUCCAUUUCCUCUGUGUAAAGAAAUUGAGUUCUCUGGCCCUUGCACAAAACGAAAGAGUAAUUGUUCGUAAUUGCAAUUUGUCACAUGAAGUAUCUAUUAUACGCUUUGACGUGUGUGUGGGCUCAAGACUCGCCAUGUUGUUUGUAAUCUAAAAUGAACUAAACUAUAAAAAUUUCAUGAUUUCUUGGAAGUGUGUACACUUGUCUCUUUCGUUAUUAUUUCGUAUUAACCAGAAUGGAGCUAAGGUAAAACCGUUGGAAAUCAACUCAGUUGGAAACUUGGAAUACGCAUACAAAUUCGGUGAUAUUCUAUUGUAACUACAAACUGCAGUAAAGUGAUUGACGGUCUAAAAGCCACCGCAAUAUGGCCGAAUCCUUCGAUUCGGCUGCUGUUUCAAAGCAUUCCUUCUACUGGACCGGAAUUUGAGAGUUGUACUGUUGACGAAUAUGGAAGGGGAAACGAAUACUCACCAACGUCCAUGGAAAAAUAAAAAACGAAGGGCAAAUAAGCAGAGCAGAAAUGAGAAUGCUGAAAACACAAUAGAUGGGGGACAGAAGAAGACACAAGAAAACGGUGGAAAGAGACAGAAGAAACCACUGAAGUUGGUACCGGAAUUUGUGGUACAGAAUUUGCCAGUACCAGGUCCACGGCAUCUAGCUGCUCUGGGCAAGCAUUUGAACAGUGUAUCUUCAGACUAUGGCCUGUUAAAAGAAGAUUUGGAUUUGAGAUGGAUGGUUUUCAAUAAUGUCAGAAAACUUUUUGAACAGAAAAUUAAAGGUUGCACUCUACGGCUAUAUGGUUCUUCGAAAAGUGGUCUUGGUUUAAAAACUAGUGAUGUUAAUAUAGACAUGGAUGAAGAAAAUGAGGAAAAAAUUCCUGGAAUUUUUAUUGCAUUUUUAAAAGUACUUCAAGGCUGCGAGCAAUUCACUGAAAUUAAAGAACAGUUUGAAAGUAAAUGGCCCGUUAUCAAUUUUAAAGAUGUUGACAGUGGACUAACAUGCAAAGUUAGCGCUGGAAACACUUCUGCAUUUUUUACUACUUCACUCCUCAAAGUUUAUGGCGACCUAGACAGCCGUGUCAGACCGUUAUGCCAUUGUUUUAGACUAUGGGCAAAGAUUUGUCAGGUGGAUCGUCCAAACGCCGGCACCUUGCCACCUUACUCGUUUUUUUUAAUGGCUAUCCAUUAUCUGCAACAAAUCCAACCUCCUGUUUUACCUGUCAUCCAUGAAAAGUUUGGGAACGAAUUACCCAAAUAUUUCGAAGAAGGCGACUCAGGGUUACUUGUGCUUCUGCAAAAGAUGUGGAAGAGGACAAAUACACUGUCUCUUGGAGAACUUUGGCUCGGAUUGCUCAGGUUUUACACCAACUACGAAAGAAACGAGUUAUGCAUCGUAAAUGUUCGUCGAAAGAAAGAAUUAAAAAGAUCAGAAAAAUCCUGGGGGAAAAAGUUCAAGUUAGCCAUCGAAGAUCCAUUUUCUUUAAAAAGAAAUGUUGCACGCACACUGAUAAAACUCAACGCAUAUCGAUAUAUAAUCGAGCAUUUGAACGUGGCUUUGGUGUAUUUUUCUGGCCAUCCCGAUUUUCCAUUGACAGCUUCUCAGUUAAAAGAAAUUCAAAGCAAUGACCAUCACCGGAUAAACGAUCCUAAUGAUAUGGAAAAAGGCAGUGCUUCGAAGCACGGAAUUCGCCCUCAGGAUCCCGAGAUUGAACAUAUUGACAGCGAUGAAGAUAGGCGACAAGUUGAACUUGAUGAUGAAAUUGAUGGUGAAGUUGAGGAUGAAAACGGCCAUGAAGCUGGUAAUGGAAGUGACAAUGAAGAUUUGAUUGAUGGUAUUUUUGCGAUGGAUACGAUUAACGACAGUUCUAUAAGUGAUAACGACGGUGCUGAUUCUACAAUCAUUACAGACCAGUCACUUUUGGAAGAUCCUUGUUCUCCCCGCGAGAUUGCUAAUAUCGAUUCGAAGGUUGCAAAGGAGGCAUUGUCCGCUCCAUCUUGUGAUUUGCUCGGCGAUUGGGAAAAUGCCGAAUAUAUUUUUGACGAUUCGGUACUUCGUAAAGGAAAUACUCUUGACACGACAUGUACGUUCUGCGGCGAGGAGGAUCAUAUUGUUGAUAACUGUACCGCUGAUCAGGUCACCAGAACGGUAAAGCCGUUGCCACUUAUGCCUGAUUGGUUUAAAGAUGUCUUGACCAAAGUCUGUUUUUGUUGCAAAGAGGAUUUCGGUAUCACUCAAGAGGACGUUACAAAACGGCAAUUUUAUCUCCGUGCACUGGAAACCUAUAUUAGGAACCAUAUCCCGGACGCUAUGCUGCAUUUGUUUGGCUCGUCUUGCAAUGGCUUUGGUUUCACGGGCAGUGAUAUGGAUCUUUGUAUGACAUUGGAAGGCAAGAAAAAGAGCGAUAUAGACUGCAUCGAAUACAUCACACGACUCGCGGCAAUGCUUAGGAAGAACCCCGAGUGCUCGGACGUAAUCCCCAUCACUGGCGCCAAAGUGCCCAUUGUAAAAUUUUUCAUCAAACAUGCGAAGGUUGAAGCAGAUAUUAGUUUGUAUAACGAAGUAGCUCUGUGGAACACAAAGUUGUUAGCGGCAUACGUUCAAAUUGAUCCUCGUGUCCAUGUCCUGGGGUGUACACUCAAGAUUUUUGUAAAGCUAUGUGAUAUCGGUGAUGCUUCAAAAGGCAGUCUCUCGUCGUACGCCUACAUUCUGAUGCUAUUACAUUUUCUGCAACAACGUCGCCCACCAGUUUUACCUGUUUUGCAAGAGCUGUAUGAUGGCAAAGAACAACCACAGAAUAUUGUUGAAGGACACAACUGCUGGUUCUUUUCCGAUUUAAAAAACUUGAGAACAAAAUGGACAGCACAAAAUAAGGAGAGUUUCGGUGAAUUAUGGCUGGGAUUUCUUCGUUAUUACACAGAAGAAUUUGAUUAUCGUCGCAAUGUUGUGUGUGUUCGUUACCUCAGGCCCCUGACGAAGUUUGAAAAGCUCUGGAAUGGGAGACAAAUAUGUAUUGAAGAUCCCUUUGUUUUAUCGCACAACCUUGGAGCCGCCCUCACUCUGGGCAUGGUGAAAUACAUUCGUUCAACGUUCGAGAGGGCUCGUCAGCGCUUCGGAACCGCGCGUGAAGAUAUACCACGAGGUAUUCAGGAUCGACAGCGCUUUUUCUUCGACACGGUUUACCUCACCGAUGGACGCCUGCCUCCGACUGGAAGAAAUUGCAACAUCUGCGGAAAGAUCGGUCAUUUGGCUAAGGAAUGUCCCUUUAAUAAUAGAUCAAAGCGAGGGAAAGGCCAGAAGACAAAGGAUGAAAAAGGCGAACAAGGUAAGCAAGAGAAGGUUCAUCAGGAGAAAGCGGAAAAAGGUGAACAAAAUGAGAAAGCCUCCAAAGGCAACCGCGAGGGAGAUGCACAAAGCGCACCCGAGAAAAAGGAACAGAACAACGAUCGGAAAAGCAUUGAGAGACCUCCAGAAGGAAUUAAGCAAGAAAUGUUGAACAAAAGCAAAAUCCAAGAAGCAACCAAAGUUGUUCAACAUCCUCCCGUGAGACAGACACCCCCUACAAAAGUAAACAACCCGAGCAACAUUCCAGUUUUCCAAAAUUCUACAGCCUAUCCACAGCCACAACAGACAAUAUUACCUACGUUCCCUUUUUCGGCCACGCAACCACGCCCGAUGCGAAUGAACUCCCCUCCCGGCAUGUGGAAUUAUUUGCAACCCCCUUCGGCCGUGAGACUUCGCUCUCCAGUCGCGGCAAUGCCACCUCUGGGUAUGUUUCCGAGAAACCGUUUGCCAUAUCCAUCACACGACAUGAUGCCCAGGAAUAUGGCGCCAGGGUCACCUCCUGACAAACAGUCUUUGCCUGUUAGACCACCAAUGUCACCCUUAAGUGGACUGCACCCGUCUAAUUCUAUGAUCCCAUGCACUCGGCCGAUAUUUUCUGAGGUUUCCAGUGGACCUCGAUUCGUACCUGCUGGUCCCCAAUGUGCAAUAGGUCCAGGUGCGCAGCUAUUUGGAAGUCCAGACAAUCCCUUUCAGUUUGACGCAUUCCAGAGAGAUAACAUGCUUCUGAUCAACUCCCCGCCUGUUUACCAACCAUUUGAAUCUCCCCAACGAGUCGAGCACAAUCCCUUGUCACCAGUGAGCCGUAGUCCGCGUGUCAUCUCAUGCGAGGAGUUAGAAAGAUAUGACCAUCCUCAAUCUCCACAGGAGGACAAGACUUAUGGUUUCCAAGUAGCAGAAAAAGGCGAGACAAUCCCUGUUCCAACUGAAAAAGUACCGGAUAUAAUCCCCUCUUUGUUAGAUGCACUACGCACGAUGAAUGUAAAUGAGGGGAGUUCUCCCGAUCAGAGUGCUGAUCAAGACGAAAGUUCGGCCUUGAAAAAGGCAAGUAGAGACGAUGGACUUGGCAGUGAUGACGCAAACGUCGAAUUCAGACAACCCCCGAAGGUCCAAAAUAUAGCUACGAUGAAUCCAAAAACCACCAACAAAGGUGACACGUUCACGUUGAAUUCAAAAAAUAGACAGAAAAACAAACGGAAACAGGAAGGCGGCCAAGCGGAGAAGGAUAGCGGUUGUAUGAAAGAAAAUGAUCUUGUUAAAGACAACAUUGCAUUCCAUCGGGGACUACCAUCUCAUAAUCCAGAUGAAGAAGGAGAAAUAUCGAAGCUUUCAACUCACUCCAAUAACGUUUCACCGCAAGAGAAAAAGUCUAGCGAACCAGAAAACCAAACACAUGUUCAAAAUGUUCAACACGGCGAGCAAUUGCCAGUAGGGCAAAAAAGAGAACGGAGGAAACCACGAGAGAUUAGGAUUCGUUAUAGAAAUCCACGACCAUUAGCACCCGCAUUUUUACAGAAGUCGCAUCCGCAACAGCAACAUGAAACGCAUCAGCAACAUUCUCGUCAGCAUCAACAACAUCAGCAGCAGCUACAACAGGAACAACCACAGCAACAGCUACUGCAACAAAAACAACAACAGUCACAGCAAGACAGACAAAAACAACACCAACCACAACAAUCACAAUCACCGCAACAAGAGCAACAAUCACAGCAACAAAAGCAAAAACAACAACAAUCACGGAAACAAAAACAACAACAACAGCAACCUCGACGACAAGCUCCGGAACAAAACCAACAACAAUCACAGCAACAAAAACAACAGCAGCAACAACAACAACAACAACAACAACAACAACAACAACAAUCACCAGGCAAGCAUCAAAAACAGGAAAACCAAGACGCGCAUAAACAACAAAAACAUUCAAAACAACAACAGAGGCAAAACCAAAAUACACCAAAUGGAAGGCAUUUCAUAACGACAGGUGAUAAUGAGAACACGCCGACCGUGGAUAAAACCCAACUGGUUGUGAAAGUUACCGGAGAUCUCCGGGAGGUGAAUGCCAAGAUGCCUCACGAGCAAAGUCCUGGGGGUAAUUUAAAUAGAAACCCCAGGCGAAAAAGAUCGCGACAAAAGAAAUCACCUAAAACUGAUGACGCCAAAUGAUGUUACGCAAAAAGCUAGCCUAUAUAGAAAGAGGAAAGUUGACUUUUUUAGUUCAUAUUUUGUUCCUUUUUUACCUCGCUACACAAAAUCAUCCAUUUUAUUGAAUAGACGUUACCAUGUUUUUAGCUGUGACUUUAAAACCAGGAAUUUUUUAUCAAAACUUGAAGUCGGUGUGUUCAGCAGGAAUUUUACAGUAUAACCGUAGAUUCCCCCACGCACUAUUUCACCAAGAAUAUUUUGAUUCGAACAUUUUUCAAGCUAACGAAAUUUAAUCAGAAAAAUGUCCAACUGCAAUCUCUUUAUUAACAUCGUUGAAGUUGUGUGUAAAUAUUAACAGGAAAUAAAUUAUAGUUUAGAUC